UCCAAGGACAGCUGACCUUUUUCGCACAUAUUUUUUUCUCUGUUUGAUUUUGUUACCUUCAUCUUUUCCUCUCUCCUGUUUUUCUUAUUAAAACACUUACAGAACACCGUCUUUUCCUCUGUUCAAUGUCCUUUUGAAUGUCAGCACAACAGUUGCAUCCUCUUACCCAUACGGAAUCUUCGGCGACUGGCGCUAAGGAGCUCGAAUCUUCAGGCUCCUCAAGCUACCCCAUUUUGAACCAUGCUGGAGAUUCUGGACCAAGUCGGUUAUCCUCUUCAGAUUCUCAUGUACAUCAUUCUCCACGUUCAUUGGCACCGGAUAUUGGCAAUAAACGUGGAUCCACUCCUUUGAAAUCCUCACCACUACACCCUCCUCACCGUGGUGCACGUCCCACCUCAGAGAUUCUAAAACCAGGCAACUAUGCUAACCCGGAAACCGAAGCUCUGGAUCGAUGGUUUGAAGAUCUGCAGGUUUACGAGCGGAGCCUGGAAGACAUGGCGAAUGCCAGCAUGGAUCAGAAUUUCAAGGAAGAAUUGCAACAUGUUGAACAGUGGUUCCGGUUUUUGUCGGAGGCAGAGCGUACUGCCGCUGUUUAUAGCUUGCUACAGUUGGCUACUCCUGUUCAAGCUCGUUUCUACGUUACUGUUUUGCAACAAAUGGGAAAGACUGACCCCGUCGGCGCCUUGUUAUCGCCUGCCAAUCCCGAAAAAGCUGACAUGCAGGCUCAGUUAGCUGGUGCAAUGAUGAAGGCAGAGCUAGAGGCUAGUCAGCGACUCCUAUCCGUUUUACCUUACCAGACUGGUCACGUCACCAGCCGCCCACAAGCUCCACAUCGGCGUACCAUGGAUCGCCAUUCAUUUGCGCUGGGAGAUACCGAAGAUUACAACAAUAGAGUGCAUGUAGGAAGGCUGGCGACACGCGGAAGCGGAAGUCCCUUAUUUCCGUCAAAUAGACCUCGUUCUGUGGUCGAAGGAGGAAGUGAUAGUGCCAAUCCUUUUGGAAAUGAUUGGUCGUUCAAUUUGCAGCAACAGCGCAACAGUGUCGUUGGGAACAUUGGCGAUCGAGCUAGCUUAAGUCGUCCACAUUCCGCUGACAUCUCCACCUGGUCGUUUGGAAAAAAUGCUGACUCUUCCGAUGAUAAAAAACAUGCCUCUAGUUCUCCUUGGGGUCGGUCUCCCACCGUCAGUUCGUUCACAGGCAGCAUGAUUGAGAGACCGAACUCAGCAUCGGAUGCUGAAUUGGCGAAGGCACUCCAUACUUGGACUGUCAACAAUGGCGUGGAAGGUAACGUGGCCUUUAAUGAAGACCCCAAGUCAAACGUACGUCGAAAUAGAAAUAUUUAUCGGGCUGGCAUUCCUGGAACGCUUCCUGAGUCGGACGAGCGAGGUAUGGGCUCUGCUAAUGCCAACAUCAUACUGUCCAUGUAUGACCAAGAUAGCCAAGGAGGAAGCAAUUCACUGGGAACAUCUUAUUCGCCUUUGCUUAGUCCUAAAGCCCCAUCCCGUCCGACCUCCAGAUCUCAGUCUCCUGCUCCACGUCAAUCCAGUUCCACGGGUCUUGUUCCUCUCAGCCCCAGAGGUUGGGAAUCUCGACCCAAGAGCCACCACGGCACAGGAUCGAAUCAUUAUGGCCAAUUUUUGAAUCCCAACAAUCGAAACGAUGAAUUUGAUUACACCAGCGACCAUAGCGAUAAUUCCAAUGUGAGUGGCUAUAGUCAGCGACGACGACGACUAUCAUCUUCAGCAUCAGCAUCUACUCGAUCUAAGGACAAGCAGCGAGGACCUGAUGUGGUUGACAUGGACUUGUUACAAGAUGUUCCCGCAUGGUUCAGAAGCUUGAGGUUACAUAAAUACAAUAAUAUUUUUGAGCCCAUGAAGUGGCAGGAUAUUGUCAAGAUGAACGACGAAGAUCUAACAGCAAAGGGUGUAGCUGCACUAGGAGCAAGACGUAAGAUGCUGAAGGUGUUUGAAACCAUUAGACAACAUUGUGAGGAAAACGAUAUCCCCUAUUGAACCAAUGGAAUCGAAUUAUAAUACUUUGGGCUGGUCAUGUGACUCACGACUUCCACUCGAUGUCUGGAACCUUGACCUUUUCGUUUCUGUGACCUUUAAAAAUCCUUAGGUCCUCC